UUUGUUUCCAUGUCGGGCUAAAAUAGUACCUCUCCAUUUCCAUUUCCAUGCUUAUCAUAAGCCAUUCCCAGCCACCCGUAGAACAGGGAAUAUAUCCCCAAUGUCGUUAUGUCGACAGGAGACGACAAAUCAGCGCCCAGAGUCUGCAAUCAGAGCCAGGAGUAAUGAGGGGCGCCAGCGUGAGAUAAGGACUUGCGAUAAUGGAUGCUUUGUAUUCGGUUAUCAGUUAUGCAGGUAGUUCCCCCUGUUGGAACUUUUUGGUAACUUCAAACCGGUCCUGAGCUAGCGCAAUGACUAUACGACUAAGGAUGCCCAAGUUGGUGGUGGAAGGGUCAAAAGGCAGAGAGGCUGCGCUUGAAAAUGAUGAUCUUCUGCCCAUUCCUUUGGAGAGAAGAACUUGGAAUUUCACCACUUUCUCAAUCUUUUGGUUCUCGGCUGUUGGGACGGUUGCAAACUGGCUGAGCGGAGGCACAUUCUUGACCUACGGCAUCACUGUCUGGGAUGGUAUCCUUUGCAACUUCUUCGGAUAUCUCCUCAUCUCCUUCUUCAUGGUCAUCAAUGGUCGUGCUGGUUCAGUCUAUCACAUCGGUUUCCCCGUUUAUUGUCGAUCUUCAUUCGGUGUCUUUGGUUCCUUUUGGCCUGUGUUCAAUCGUGCUCUCUCAGCAUGUGUCUGGAACGGCGUCAACACCGUCACUGGUGGUCAAUGUGUCUACAUCUUCCUCCACUCCAUCUUUCCCUCCAUCGCUCAUCUCCCUAAUCACAUGCCCUCUACUUCGGGUAUGACCUCUGCCCAGAUGUGCGGCUUCUUUCUUUUCUGGUUCUUCACCGGCUGCGCGCUCUUUCUCUCCGUCCCCAAAUGGAAGUUUCUUAUCCAUGCCAAGCUCGUCGCCUACUUCCUCAGCUGCGUGGGUAUGCUCGCUCUCGCGCUCACCACCAGCAAAGGUGUAGGAAACACCUUGACAGCUGGACCUACAGUUCAUGGGAGUGAGAGAGCAUGGUUGAUUGUGAGGUUCACUUUGCUCUCUGCGGCAGGGUGCUCAACGUUUGCGAGUAAUGCGAGUGACUGGCAGCGAAAUGCUACCCACAGGAGGGAUCCCAUCUUCGGUCAGAUCUUUGGCUUCCCAAUGUCCAAUUUUAUCACCACCCUCUGCGGUCUCAUCGUCGCCGCUUCCUCCGAAAAAGCAUACGGCACCCUCAUCUGGAAUCCACUCACCUACCUCGACCGUAUUCUGACAGAAAAUUACGAUGCCAAAACCCGAGCGGGCACUGCCAUCAUCUCUAUCGGUUUUGCUUAUUCUGCACUCUUUUCUUGUGUGUUUGAGAAUGUGUUGCCGGCGGGUAACGAUAUCAGCUCUUUGGCACCCAAAUAUUUGUCGAUGAAGAGGGCGUUUGCGAUUUGUAUGAUUAUAACUGUGGUUAUCUGCCCAUGGUAUCUCCUUGGGUCGGCGGGUAUCUUCGUCACAUUCAUCUCAUCAUACCAGAUCUUCCUCUUCAGUAUCGUUGGUGUUCUUCUCGUUGAUUACUACAUCAUCUCGAAGGGUCGACUUGACCUUACUUGGAUGUACACUGCAGACAAGCAUGGUCCUUACUACUACACUUUCGGUAUCAACUGGAGGGCAAUACUUGCUUACUGUAUCGGCGCUGGCGUCAAUUUUGCUGGCUUCCUCAACAACAUGGGUGUAAAAGGUUUCUCCACCGGUGUCAUCCGUUCAUUUUACUUUGCAUUCAUAACCACCGGCUGCGCCUCUGGGCUCUCUUACUACCUUCUCGCUAGAUUCUUCCCUCAAGAGAACUACAAGCGUUUCAAAGGGCUUAAGUUCCGUGAAUGGACAGAAGAAGAGGUCGAGCUUUAUGUACAGGGUGCACCGUGGAGGAUUUUGGGGACAGCCUCACCAGAAGUGGGGGUGGAUGGAGUGCCUAUCAUGCCUGGAAAUAGGGGAAGUUUGGAAGAUGUAGAAGAUAUGGAUGAGAAGAAGGUCGAUACCACUCAAACCACUAUUCUCGAGGUGUAAGCAUCCUGCGCUGGUGGUCUCCAAAAAGCGGACGGUAAUGUCCAACGGUUUUAUUUGAAUGAUUCUUAUAGAGGUUUAUCCGAAGUUGUGUUAUAGGCCUUCAUAGCCAUUUGGUUGUCAAUGUGCGUUGUCUUGGAGUUGGGAUUAGUGAAUUGUCGAUCUACGGAGUAUGCAUUCUAUAGUGUUUGG